AUGCUGCGUGAGGUAACCCUGUACAAGAGUUUGUGGGCAGAGAUUCGCCGCUUGCGAAACCAAGUUCAGGAGCUCCAAAAAGACAUGCUCGCCAAGGUGGACAAAGUGGACGCGAUAUCUGAUGACCAGUUCGCGAAGGAGUUUCGCUCGCUCGCCUCGACUAUCAAAUCUUUCAGCCGCUCGAUUCGCUUCACUGAUCAACCCAACAUCGUGGAAGUUCUCAAUUCGCUUGUCUUGGUGAAAGACGUUGCGUCUCAUCACUGGAGUAGUCGAGCGAGAAAGAAGCCCUUGGUCGAAGCAUGGAUCUGGUCCAUUUUGAUAUCUCUUGUGUUCGAAAGCCCUUACGCCAUCUUCGGAGACCGCUGCCAAGCCGUGCAUGAGGCAUGGCUUCAGAUCUAUGGAGCGGGACAUCUUCACAGCUGGCCAAUUCCUUCUUCGCAAUCUGAGUCAUGGCGUUUUAAGACAGUGGAGCAGCUGUAUGAGCAAACAAGGCCAGAGACUAUCGCAGAUGACAAGUCAAAACUCUUGCCAGAGGGCUUGACAGCUAGCAUGGUCGAUGUCCAUACCUAUGUGACAAAUAUUAUCUCCAGCCAUUUUGAGUGGUUGUCUCCCGGAUACAGAGUGUCGGACGUCCAUUCUAUCGUCGACAAAGCCUUUGCCCUGGCUGUGAAUAUGUUCCUACAGCGAUCGCGACUCCAGGUCACCUAUCCAGCAAUCGAGGCCGAGUUCGACGAGAAGAGCAUGACAUCUGUGGAAGACGACGACGAGGAAGACAUGGAGGUAGGAGUCGUGGCUUUCAUCAUCAACCCAGGUCUGACCAAAUGGGGCGAUGUUCAUGGAGAACAUUACGACCAAGCUUACGACAUCGUGCCGUCACUUGUGCAACUGGAGCCGAGGGACUCAAGUCACAAUCAGCGAGGUGUUCAGGCAGAGUCUGGUAUCAAGCAAGAAGCCGGAGUGGAGCAAUAG